AUGGCUGAUCCUAUUGAUCGCAUCUAUGCAAAUCUUCGUGACGAACUAGCAUGCGCAGUGUCACAGCUGCUUCAACAGGCAUUAAUUAAACCACAGCACCUCAGAAAUCAAAACGCAACUUUCAUUGCUCAGAUAAAAGCGUCCGAAGUAUUUGUGCUGAGACACUACAACCAUACCUCUACUCCUUCGCCGGUUGAGGCCCAGAACGCAGACUGUGAGCUGGCUCGUCCACCUGCUCCUAAUGUGUCAGACGCUUUUUCAUAUCUAGCAAAUCAAAAUAGCACUGAUCGGCAUCCCCAAUUUACGGCCUCUGUAGACCGCGGCAUGGGAUCAUACCCAACGCAUUAUGUCGAUGGGCCAAACGACGAAUCUCCCCUAGGGUUUCCGCUAAGCAGCUCAGGCUCGCCUCUUACGUUAUUGAGUCCUACCAAUUCCGGCCAGUCCAGUCACGAAGACGGACUGUGUGUGCGCUCUAGUCCUCCUUCACCUCCACUACCUGAGGAUGUACCAGAGGAUGUUCUCAUUGGCAAAGAGAAUGCACUAUGCAAUCAACAACAAUUCAUGUGCGAGGAAGAAAACGAAAAUGCUGAAGAUGUUGCUUUUUCUUUAAGAACAACUACUGGCAGGCAUAUCGUGGGGAAAGGGAAAGGAUAG